AUGACGACGAGAACAGACGAAAGACGACAGAGACGAGUGCCAAAAGGCACGUGCGACGAAUUUUACUUCGAAAAGAAUAUGAAGAAGUGUUGUUGUUGUUCGUGUCGUUGCGACGUGGUGGAAACAGAUGAACCACACGCGGUGGUCCUUUUUUACCGGUACAUUUCUCACGGGGAGCGCGUGUUGAAUUCGACGACGUUGAACGCGCUGAAAACGAGCUUGGAGAAUGCAAUGCUCGACUUGGACGUCAGAGGGAAGAUUCGGCUCUCGCCAGAAGGCAUAAACGGAACCGCCGCGGGGAAGGAAUCGCGCGUGAAACAGUUUGAACGGGAAAUGAAAAGCACGAAAGGAAAGUUUGCGAUUUUGGAGUUACAAGGGGUGGAUUUUAAGCGAGAACGCGUGAACGUGAACACGCGCGCGGUUUCGGAGGAAUACGGGAGAUGUAAACACAUUUUUGAAAGCGCGAGCGUUCGAAUCGUAGACGAGGUGUGUCCGUUUGAACCGUCGUCGUCAAAGAAGAAGGCAGAAGAGCGUCUUCAGUUAGGACAACAACGUCUUCAACCAAAUCGAUUGACGCCGAGCGAAUGGAGGGAGGCUAUUCAAUCGAGCGAUGACGACGUCGUCGUGUUAGACGUGAGGAACUCGUACGAGAGUCGAAUGGGGAGGUUUGUCCCGGAAAAGACGGUGUGUUGCCCAAUUCGAAGGUUCAAUCAGUUUAAAGAGUGGGUGGAAGAGAAAGGCGGGAAGGCGUACAUCGAGAACAAAAAAGUACUCGCGUAUUGCACGGGCGGCGUGCGAUGCGAGAAAGCGACGGCGUAUUUGUUGAGUUUGAACGUGACGAAAGAAGUUUCCGUAUUAGAAGGCGGGAUCGUGGCGUACGCGAGAGAUAUCGGCGGCGACGGGUUUGUCGGAAAGAAUUACGUGUUUGACGCGCGAGGGUGCGUCGACGUUGGCGGUUUCAUCGAUGAGAACAAUAAUUUUAGUAAUAAUAAUAACAUCAACAACAACAAUUUAUUAUCAUUAACAAAGUGCGACGGGUGUAAAGCACCGUGCAUACCACAUCUGGCCAGAUGCGCGAGUAAAGCGUGUCAUGUCAUCUUAGCCGCGUGCGAGGAAUGCUCGAAAAGUUCGACAUCGAUAUACUGUUGCGAUACGUGUAAAGCGAACAAAGACGGCGAGAAAAAACGAGCGUGCGAAUGCGAUAGCUACCGUUCGAGAGAGUUAAGAUGUGAGAUUCCCGCUGUAUAG